AUAGAUUGUUGGCAUCCAAGUUCAAAUUUAUCCACUUUCCAUCAUGCGUACCAUCUCUUUCCUGGCCCUUGCCACCCCUGCCCUCGCCUUCAUGACCCCCAUGCCUGUCACUGAACGCAACGUCAUGCGCAUGACCGCCGAGAAGACAAGCUCCCCCCUGAGCCUGGGUAACGUCGUCAAGGGAUUUGCCACGGCCUCCAUGUUUUUUAAUUUCGCCACUAUGCCCCUGACGUCCAUGCCUGAAAGUGCCCUGGCCAAGUCUGGAGAGGGGCCCAAGCAGUCUGUUUUCGGCCUGGGGGGCGACGCCGCGUCCUCCCCUUUUGUGCAGGACGUACCUACCUACUCGCCUUACUCUCCCUACGGGACCGGUGAGAACGCUCUCUUCAAGCCCCUGAACGCGGACGACGUGAAGCUCUACACUUCCAAGGUGACCGAGUCCAAGAAGCGUGUGGACAAGAUUGCCAAGUACCUGGAGAAGAAGCAGUGGGAGGAGGUGCGCACGGAAUUGACCCGUCAAAUGUACGACUUGCGCCGUUCGGGCCAAAAACUUGCCGAGAACAAGCAGAGCCCUGAGGCCAGCAAGGCCCUCAAGAGCCUCUUCCAGGACAUUGAAGAUUUGACCGUGGCCAGCCGUCGCAAGCAGGUGGAUGUGUCCCAGGCGGCUUACUCGCGGGCCCAGGCGGAUUUUGACGCGUUCCUGAAAGCACUUUAAACGCGGGGGGGAAAUGGACACAGACUGACAGGGAGGAGAUAGAAAGGAGGGGACUCGUUUGAAUGCUGGAGAGGGAAAGACAGUGGUAGGCUUCGCUGGUUUCGAUGGGAAUUUAGGUGUGUUGGUGCCUGUGUUUCUCUUUGGCGAUGGCGGGAGGUGGAGGGGGAAGGCGAGAAGGGUGGAUGGGGCAGCGAGAUGGAAAAGCUCCAAGGUUCUCAUGAAAGAAGCAGGCAAGAGACCGAAACCCUCGGUGAUGUGAAGAAACGGAGGUAACGCGCAAGA